CCAUAUCCCAGGAGCGGGCAGAGCCAGGCCAGGAUGGAGAGGCGACGCGUCACCUCCGCUGCUCGCCGCUCCUACGUCUCCUCCUUGGAGACGAUGGUGGGGAGCCUGGCUUCUGGCCGCCGCCUGGGGCCUGGCACCCGCCUCUCCCUGGCUCGAAUGCCCCCUCCACUCCCAGCCCGGGUGGACUUCUCCCUGGCCGGGGCACUCAAUGCCGGCUUCAAGGAGACACGGGCCAGUGAGAGGGCAGAGAUGAUGGAGCUCAACGACCGCUUUGCCAGCUACAUUGAGAAGGUGCGCUUCCUGGAGCAGCAGAACAAGGCGCUGGCAGCUGAGCUGAACCAGCUGCGGGCCAAGGAGCCCACAAAGCUGGCUGACGUCUACCAGGCCGAGCUGCGCGAGCUGCGGCUGCGCCUUGACCAGCUCACGGCCAACAGCGCCCGGCUCGAGGUGGAGAGGGACAAUCUGGCGCAAGACCUGGGCACCCUGAGGCAGAAGCUCCAGGAUGAAACCAACCUGAGGCUGGAGGCUGAGAACAACCUGGCUGCCUAUCGACAGGAGGCAGAUGAAGCCACACUGGCCCGUCUGGAUCUGGAGAGGAAGAUUGAGUCUCUGGAGGAGGAAAUCCGGUUCCUGAGGAAGAUCCAUGAGGAGGAGGUGCAGGAGCUCCAGGAGCAGCUGGCCCGGCAGCAAGUGCACGUGGAGCUGGAUGUGGCCAAGCCGGACCUCACAGCGGCCCUGAGAGAGAUCCGCACACAGUAUGAAGCAGUGGCAUCCAGCAACAUGCACGAGGCAGAAGAGUGGUACCGGUCCAAGUUUGCUGAUCUGACGGAUGCUGCUGCCCGGAACACGGAGCUGCUCCGCCAGGCCAAGCACGAGGCCAACGACUACCGGCGCCAGCUGCAGUCCUUGACCUGCGACCUGGAGUCCCUGCGCGGGACGAACGAGUCCCUGGAGAGGCAGAUGCGGGAGCAGGAGGAGCGCCACGCGCGGGAGGCGGCGAGUUACCAGGAGACGCUGGCCCGGCUGGAGGAGGACGGGCAGAGCCUCAAGGACGAGAUGGCCCGCCACCUGCAGGAGUACCAAGAGCUGCUCAACGUCAAGCUGGCCCUGGACAUCGAGAUUGCCACCUACAGGAAGCUGCUGGAGGGCGAGGAGAACCGCAUCACCAUUCCCGUGCAGACCUUCUCCAACCUGCAGAUCCGAGGGGGCAAAAGCACCAAAGAAGGGGAAGGUCACAAGGUCACAAGACAUCUCAAACGCCUCACAAUCCAAGUUAUACCAAUACAGGCUCACCAGAUUGUAAACGGAGCCCCGCCGGCUCUCGAAACCAGCCUGGACACCAAGUCCGUGUCAGAAGGCCACCUCAAGAGGAACAUUGUGGUGAAGACUGUGGAGAUGCGGGAUGGAGAGGUCAUUAAGGAGUCCAAGCAGGAGCACAAGGACGUGAUGUGAGGCAGGACCCAGCUGGUGGCCCCUGCCCCACGGUGCGUGGGGCUUGCAGCAGGUGGCAGGGUAGUUGUCCCUCCUCUGAUAGCUAAUUUCCCCAGACCUGAGCCCCUACCCCAUCCCAGCUGCCCACCCCUCCAUCUCUUUACCAGCUUGCCCCACACUUCAUAAGAAUUAGGCCUGCCAGACAGCACCCAACCUGCACCCAGCUACUCCAACUAACAGGGCACAAAUGCCUGGAGCUGUACUGCACUUAUCCCAAAGGGGCGGCCUGGAGGGGCAUGGCCAGCAGCAUGGGUUAAAAUUGGGUGGGAGCAGAGAAGUUGGGGAGGCAGGGGGACCUGAUAAAUCACCCUCCACAUCCCCAUUCCCUGUUGUUAUGGCAACUGUUGUCAGAGCUGUAGGCCUCUGGGGGUAUCUGGGAACUGAGUCUUUCAGAAAAAUUGAAACUAGGAGACAGGAAAAUGGCGGGGGGGCGGGGUGGGGUGGGGGGGUGGAAUCCCCAAAGGCAAGUUUGCCCUGGCCAGAGGCUUAUUCUUCCAGCCUGACCCUGGCCCUGACCCUGAGCAGCCCGGGAGUGAGUGGGAAUAUCCUAUCACCUGUGGAGUCACUAGACAGAAUUCCCAGCCUGCCCAGACCCCACAGGGGCCUCCUGAGUACUGCUCAAGUAUCCCAGCCCCCUGGGCCACCUUCCAGGGAACUGAGCUGUGACAAUCCGUGGGCGUGUGGCAGCUUGAUUCCCAGCACUUGGGGGAUCUAUAGGGUAAGUGGAGAAGGAAGGGGUGCUGUGGGGGACUAGAGGGGGGCUGCUUGGUCCCCAGGUGUGGGUACAGAGAGGUCAAGUCCAGGGAACACUACCCCCCCACCAUCCAGGCUGGAGGAGGAAUAGUACAGAAAGUAGGGGCGGUUGGGAUGAUGCUAGACAUCGGAGUAGGGGGUUGUGAGUGACCAGUUAUACUUGGCCUCUGUGUCGUGGGAAUCAAGGAAGUGACAUGUUCUCUUGAAGAGGCUGAAACAGGAGAGAGACAGGCUGUUGCCCAUGUAGGAGGUGGGGGCUGGGGGAAGAGGCACAAGCUUUGUCUCAGUUCCAGAAGACUCCUCCUUGCUGUGGAGCCCCUGACCUCCCUGUCUACCCAGGCCUCUGAGCACUGGGGCUGCUGCCUCCUGAUGCCGGCAAGCGUGGCUGGGUGAAGGCACUCUAGGCGUCUGACCCUCUCCACCCCACAAGGCCCCUUGUGGUUCUAUCUCACACACCCAGCACUGUUUUAUAAGUCAGACAAUUGAGUCCCAAGCAGAGUGAAGAUUCUGGCAUGUGCUCUUGCAGCCUGGAGGCAGGGCAGCUUAAGGCAGGUGCUUCCACACUUACUCUGCUUCCCCUGGCAAGACAGGUGGGCAUGGGAUCAACUGUGCCCAGAAGGGGGACAAAGACGGCCGCUCCAGGCUCCCCCUCUCCCCUCUAAGGCCAAAGGGAUGGAAAGGUGGAGGUCCCUCCCUCUUCCCCAAGACAUAGUGCUCUUCCGCCAUGGCCCUCCUGCCACCGCUCCUGCUAACCUGCAGGGCACUGCUACCAACUUUAGUUGCUGAGGAAGAAUAAAGACAAAUGCUGUGACCUUC